AUGAACAGCAGCCUAAUAAGAUGUCAAAGGGUGACAAAAGAAGACUAUGAAAAAGUUAUGGCUAUAUAUCCCUCAUCUGAGAUAGCUUAUGGCGGUGAUUAUCUUCCUGAUUAUUUCCAUAUGCUGAUAGAUAUGCCAAACAACGAGAUGUAUGCUGCUGUCAUCGAAGAUAAAUUUGUAGGAUUUACUUUAAUGACAACUGUAGAUGAUGGGGAAAGUGUUGUUACUAGGGCAGUGAGAGUCUCCAAAGAAUACGCUGGUCAAGGCAUUGCUGGAAUAAUGUUGAAAUGGAUGAAUAAAGGAGAACCUCUUUACCGACCGGAAGUCAUAUGGCAUAGAAUUGCAGGAAAUAGAAUACAUUCACCAUUACUUCAAUUGAUAAACAAAGGAAAGUACAACAAAACAUCAGAACACGACUAUCGAUAUUAUGACACACAUAAAGGACCUCUACAGAUAAAGUACAGUGUCAUAGGUCAAGCAAAUCAAUCUUUAAAAGCUGAAUAUAUUGAUGUCAAUCUUCUUGGUCAAGUUCUGGCAUCGCCUGACCAUAAGCAGUUCUUAUUCCCUGAGGAUGAAAUAGUUGUUGAUCAAGUUCCAUACAGCGCCAUUCAAUCUAACGCUCAUCUGAUGGUUACAGAACGAACUACUGUUGUUGUGUCUGAUUUGAAUUGUCCACAAAGAACUUUACUUUCAAUUAGUAAUGUCAGGGAAGCAUCAAUUGGAAUGAUGAUUAAUUUCAACGUUUAUGGCUCUCUAUCUGAGAAUAUUAGAGAGCACCUCAUUUUACACUUUGCUAAGUUUCUCUGUAAGUCAAAGAGUGACUAUAUAUUACUUCGUUGUAUAUCAGGCAAAGGAAUAAAUUUGACACUUUUAGACAUGGCGGUCAAAGAAUUUGGAUUUAAAAAAACAGAAUUUUAUGGAACAGGUUUAGUAGUCGGGAGACGAAAAAUAGCAUACAAACUGGAAUAA